AAGCCGCCAGUUGGCUGGCGCGCUCGUGUCAUAGCGGUCGUAGUGAAAACGCAAUUCACAUAGUUUUCCUAUUCAGCUCGAUACAUAAACGCGACACGAUUUAAGGUUAUACAUUUCAGGGUUAACAUUUGAUUAUCGUAGUUUAUUUUUCUAUAAAUAAUUAUGUGAUAAGUGCAACGAAGUGCCAAUACAGAUAGAAAAUUAAUUGAAUCAUCUUUAUUUAUUGAGUUAUCGAACGUAUCUACUGUGAUCGUAGAAAACGGCGAACAAAUCAACGUCACAGACAUGCAAGUCCCGAACGGAAUAAGUCAACAGAAGUUUUUAAAUGGUCCAGAUCAAUUCGUCCCAGCCGACAGUUACACAUGCUGCACUCCUGGCGGCCACGUGAGGAUUCGCAUGGGGUCUCGCGGUGUAGCCGCAGAGCCCCCUAUAUCGGUGCCUGGUCUACUGAGCAGGACUGCCGCUCGAUACCCUGACGAUAUAGCAUUCGCUACCAAGAAGGCAGAUGGGAGAUGGCAUAAAACAACUUACAAACAGUACCAAGAAAACGUGCGUACAAUUGCGAAGGGUUUCCUGAAAUUAGGGCUGGAACGAUACCACUCAGUCUGCAUAUUAGGUUUUAACUCGGAACAGUGGUAUACUUCUGAUCUAGCAGCGAUACAUGCGGGAGGGUACGCUGCUGGUAUUUACACAACGAACUCUGCAGAGGCCUGUUUCUUCUGCCUGGAGUCGUCGCGAGCCAACAUCUGCGUGGUUCAAGACAAGAAACAACUGGACAAAAUAUUGUCAGUACAGGGUCGCUUGAAGCAUUUGAAAGCUAUUGUGCAAUGGGAAGGAGUUGUGAACACAUCCAUACCCGGAGUUUAUAGUUGGGAUCAAAUAAUGGCUAUGGGCGCGAAGGAGCCAGACACGCAACUUAACAAUGUACUUAAAUCAAUCGCCGUCAACGAAUGCUGUACUCUAGUCUAUACGUCUGGCACAGUGGGUCCACCAAAGGCUGUGAUGCUAUCCCACGACAACCUCACGUGGGACGCGUUCUCCAUCUCCGAAAGAGUGGGAGACCUGCAACCGACGGUAGACGUGCUCAUCUCAUACCUGCCGCUGAGUCACGUCGCUGCUCAGGUGGUGGACAUUUAUACAACACUUACUAACGCAGUGGCUGUAUACUUUGCACAACCCGACGCCUUGAAAGGCAGCCUUAUUGAUACAUUGAAAGAAGUACGGCCAACUAGGUUCCUGGCGGUGCCUCGGGUAUGGGAGAAAAUGUACGAGAAAAUAAUGGCAGUGGGCAAAUCGAGCGGCUCCCUGAAACGAUACAUAGCCACCUGGGCUAAGGAGAAAGGCACGGAACAUCACUGCGCAAGAAUUAAUGGAGCCUUGUCCGCCGGAAUGACUGGUCUGCCAGUAGACUUCACGCUAUUGGAAAUGAUAAAGUAUUGGCAAUCAGGCACCUCCUGUGGCUACAAGAUGGCCAAGUCGGUGGUGUUCAAUAAGGUGCGAGUCAACCUCGGCCUGGACCGAUGCUCUACCUUCGUGACGGCGGCGGCGCCUUUAUCCCCGGACAUCAAGAAGUUCUUCCUGUCGCUGGACAUACCGAUCAUGGACGCCUUUGGUAUGAGCGAAGCGGCCGGCGCUCACACACUUAGCAUAUACCCUAAAUUCAAAUUGGACUGUUCCGGCGAAGUACUGGAUGGAACUGAAACCAAAUUCGGUGGAUCGACAAGUAUCAAUGGACCGGGGGAGAUUCAGAUGCGAGGCCGCCAUGUCUUCAUGGGCUACCUCAACGAUGAACAGAAGACGAAAGAUGCACUCGACGACGAGGGAUGGCUUCUCUCUGGUGACGUGGGCAGGCUGGACAGCAACAACUUGCUCUACAUUACCGGCAGAAUAAAGGAGCUCCUGAUAACAGCUGGAGGUGAAAACAUAGCGCCCGUGCUGAUCGAGCAAACGGUGCAAGCGCAGCUUCUACACGUGGGAUAUGCUGUGCUCAUAGGAGACAGGCGGAAAUUCCUCUCCAUUUUACUCACACUAAAGGCAAAAGUGGACCUAAACACUGGCGACGCGUUGGACGAACUGGAACCGGAGACAUGCAAAUGGGUGGCGAGCCUAGGAAGCAAGGCUACCAAGAUCAGUGAGAUUGUCAAUACCAAAGAUCCAGUUGUAUACAAAGCAAUAGAAGAAGGCAUUGCUCGUGCGAACAAACAAGCAAUUUCUAACGCGCAAAAGAUACAGAAGUUUGCUAUACUACCCUCGGACUUCUCUAUGAAUACUGGAGAGUUAGGUCCAACAUUGAAAAUCAAGAGAAACGUAGUCUACGAGAAAUACAAAGACAUAAUAGAGGGUUUCUACAAAGAGUGAAUUUUAGGUAGUUUGUACUUAGUCAUAUGGGCGUGGGAGGGAACGAAUGUAAUAAAAUUGCUCAAAUUAGCAGAUAGUUAGACUUGUAUUACGAGUAAACAUUACGAGUUAUUGUGAUAAUACUGGUAGAGCUAAGCAGUAUCCAUUAUAUAGAAUGCAGAUAAAAUCUGUUUAUUUUUGUGGUUACUUUUAAUCGGGGGACACUGAAGUGAAACUUUGUUCUUGUUAAGAACCUUAUUGCAAGACAUUAAAGUCUGUAUUUGACUGGAUUUUAGUCGGCGUUAUUGCUUACGAGGUGUUUAAGACAAGUGGUAUAACUGUUACCUUAUAAUAGAUUACACAUUUACACCUAAUGUUUGUCUUCAUUUAUAAACGUUCUGCUAGCUUUGUUUUACAACGAAUUCAGAAUUACGCAGGUCGUAAGAAGGCGCCACGUGACAUCAAUAUUAGUUAAAUUGAAUAAUAUUUUAUAACACAUUUGCUUAUAAAGUAACUCUUAUUUCACUAAUUUCAAUAUCGUAAUGUAUCUAAUUUCGCACAUGUGCCGUAAUGUAACGUAAAAUGCACAUGUGCCGUAAUCUAUACUAAUAUUAUAAAGAGGUAAAGUUUGUAAGUUUGUAAGUUUGUCACAUUUUUUAAAUGGGGUAAUCUUCGGAACUACUGGUCCGAUUUUAAAAAUUCUUUCACCUGUAGAAUGCUACAUUAUCGGGGAGUGCUAUAGGCUAUAUUUUAUAUUGGUAUCAUAUAUAUUAGCCGAGUUAUCACAGUUUUUGUCAUACAGGUCGGACUGAAAAUCCUCUUAAACAGACUUAUUCGCAUGCGCUGCCUUAACUAUUGUGUAAAAUUGAAAUUAAUGUAUGGAGACCUUAUGUAUCUUUAAAAGUUCUACAAAAAAGUCCGCGACACCAUAUAUCUAUCUUCUAUAUAUUAGCAGAUAUAGUACCUUUUGUGUUUUAAAAAUUAUUAAUUUUAUAUACUUAGGUUUACGUCAUUAUUUAUACAACUAAUCUUUAAUCCUUAUUAAAAUAAAUUAUUUAAUAAUCACAAGGAUAUUAUGGAGAUAAGGUUUGCCCUUUACAGUAUGUUAAUUACUUAAAUAGUUUCGGAGAUAAUACAAAAUUUCUAAAAGACGCAGAAAUUCCGCUAUAUGACGCCCGGCGCUUUCAUUUACGUAGUUCCCGUUCCCGUGUGAAUAUUGGGAUCAAACAUAGCCUAUGACACUCGCAAAUAACGUAGCUUUCUAUUGGUAAAACAAUUUUCCAAAUCGGUCCAGUAGAUCCAGAGAUUACCUCUUACAACCACACGAACUUUACCUCUUUAUAUUAUUAGUAUAGAAGUCUCUAUUCCUCUUGGUCAUACCACCACUCUCGAAGGACUGGACCGAUUUUGCUAAGGGUAGGAGUAAGAUAGAGAAGUUACAGGGUAGGGUAGGGUACGGGUAGGGAAGCGUAGGGGUAGUGUAGGGGUAGGGUAGGUUUAGGGCCGGGUUUAGGGUAGUGGUAGGGUAGGAGUAGAGGUAGGGUAGUGGUAGGGUAGAGGUACGGGAAGGAUAGGGAAGUAGUAGGGUAGGAGUAGGGUAGAUGUAGGAUAGGCGUGAGAUAGGGGUACGGGUGGGAUAGGGGUAGGAAAGGGAUAGGGUACGGGGAGGGUAGGAGUAGGAUGGGGGUAGGGUGUAGGUAAGGUAGGGGUAGGGUAGGGUUAGGUUUGGGGUAGGGUGGGGGUAGGGUAGGGUAGGGUAGGGGUAGGGUAGAUGUAGGGGUUGGGUUGGGUAGGGUUGGGGUAGUGGUAGGGUAGGGGUAAGGGUAGGGGUAGGGUAGGGUAGGGGCAGUAGUAAAGUUGACAUCGAAAUUUACGCGGACGAAGUCGCGGGCGUCCGCUAGUGAAAUAUAAAACCUUUAUCAUCAGUCUAAUAACUCACGCACUUCGCUAUCUGUGUGAAAAAUGACAAGCGUAUCAAAAUGUCAUCAUAUGGAAAACAGACAAAGAUGCAAAUACAUUUUCAGAAAGUGUGUUUAAAGUGUGAUUCUUUGCAAAUGUGUUGUGAAACGUCGUAUGACAUACGUGCGCUUUGAUAAUUACAGCCUCUGCUUCCUUACUAUAGCUCUCGCCAAGGCUCGAGCUUGCAAUAUCGCCUCGGCUGUAAUUUUCAACUUAACGCACUUAUAUCAUAAAAACUUAUAUAUAAGAGAAGAAAGAUAAGAGAAGAAUCAUAAUGUAUUAUAUAAGGACCCUCCGCGCCAUUUUGUAUAGAUACAAAAAAGGACUAACUUGUGAUGUUGAUAAUAUAUAAAAUACAGAAUACUAUAGGCAAAUUGCAUUAACUGAGUAAUCAUCCGCGUGGUGCAGGUUGGAAGGAGGAUUUAACGAAUUUAGAAGACUUAUUUUUCAUUUGUUUUAGUUUUGGAAGUUCUUUUGUACGGUUUAAAGUAAAAAAGUAAGUGAAAAAGCGUCAAAGUACCAGGACAACAGAGAGUACUGACUUAUACAGCCACUAUACAAUGUUUUUUUUAACUUUUUACGAAAACGCGUUUAUGCUGGUACUUUGUUACACGAUUUCAAAGUACCAGGAUAACAGACUGUGAUAAGAGUUAUGUAUUUUCUCAAAAUAAACUUUUAAGAAUAAGGCCACAUAAGGCUGUGUUCACAAGGCGUUACUUUUGUUUACUCUCUGUUUACGUUAUGUGAGACUUUUUUAUGCAUUUCAUAUUUAAUUUUGAAUAAGAAUUUGGAUCCUGACGUUCCACGACUUAUUUCAUUGAUAAGCGCGGGCAUUGAUUUUGUACCGCGCUGAUGAAAAGUAAUCAAUAAUGUAGUUUUCUUAUAGUAUUUUGUAUUUGCGAAUACACUAUCCACGUUUCAUAACAUAUAACAUGUUAUGUUUCAUGGCAUACAUAAUGACGCGAUGGGUUUUGCAAGGUGUCGCGAAUAUUUGCCUAUGGUGAUCGCUCUUAAGUUUCGAAUGUGUGACGUCGAAGUUUCAAGACUAAGGGAGUAAGGCCAUUUUCAUCUUGAAUAAAUAUAUCGCUCAUAUUAGCUUAAGUUAAAAUGUUGUGAUUGGUUAUAAAAGUGAUGUAAAUAUUUUUGUUACUAAAUAUAUAUCUAAGUUUGAAAUAAAAAUC